AUCACAAUGUUUUUAGUCUGGUUUGCCCGCCCGAGCACUCUGUUAGUCAGUUGACCGCUCGCAUAACACAUACUUAUCACUACGCUAGGUAGUUAGGUACUACUACUGCCGCCGUUGCCGCCACCGUCGCCGUCCGAUAAGUAUCUCGGUGGAUUUACGGAAAUCGUCCGAUCGUCGCCACCGCUGCCGCCGUCGCCACACCACGAGUCCUGCCGUCCCCCCACGAGUAAGUCGUACCUCUUACGAAAUAUAAUAUAGGUGUUAUAAUAUAAUAUGCAGGGCGAAGUAUUAACGCGUUAAUAUUAUUACACAGACAAUAUUCAAUUGUAUCGUCGCAACGAGCGUGUAGGAGGCGCGCACGUGAAUAGCGCAUAUAUUUUUCGAUUAUAACGUUAUUAGUUGGAUAGAUGUAUGGUAUUCGAUUAACAAUAAAAAAUCGUUACGAUUGUAAUAUUACGCCACUAAGUGUGUAACGGUGAUGAUGGGUAAGGCACUUAUGGUGCGUGCGAGCCGACGCGGGCCGCAAGAAUGAGACGCACGCCUUAUACGCGGUUACUGCAGCGGCGGGUAUUACAUACUUAUAUAAUGCACGCGGUUAUUAAUUAUUAUCAUUAUUCAAAAACUUAUAAUGCGCGCGUUUUUGAUUUCAAAUAUUUUGUCAGACGGUAGGUGUACGGCGCAGUGUUAAAAAAUAAUAAAAUAUAUUAUACAUGCCUACACCUAGUUCUUUGUUAUUUAGGUAGGUAUUUGAAUAAUUGAAUAAUUCAAAAUUGUGUGUCCCACAUCACGUACCUACAACUUACCAAUCUAUAGUAUCUAUCACCGUUUUUCGCAUGCAAGCGUAAAAACGGAAGCGGUAAAAAUGCUUAAACAAAUGACCGAUUAACAAUUUGAUAAUAUUGUAUACUUACCUACCAGUUAAUUCGGAUUGAUUAAAAAUUAGUUUGCUAAUUUAAGUACGUAUUGCACGUAUUAUCCGCUUAACGUUUGUUAAUCAAUACGGCAUAACGGUAUGACAUACGUCAAUAAAAAAUAAUAAUAAAAGUACCUAAUUUUUUUCCAGUGAAAUACGAUUUCGUCAGGUAAAUUUUACUAAACUGUCUGACGUUUCUAGCGAGUACUUAUACAACCUAUAAUUUCUUAGGUUAGUUGUAGGCUAGUUUAAGUUAGUGGUGUGGCUACCGCAGGAGCAACCGAGGUAGGAGUCGUCUCGUAAAAUUUAUUUGGCGGCUUACAUGUGUGAUAGAGACACUGGUGGUUUUCAAGUAUUAGGUAUUAAGGUAAACAAAUUAUGAUUAAAAUGUACCUAAUAAAUUUGAACAUGCACGUGAAGAAGGUCGAAUAGCUAGUUUUUCACGCCACUUUAAUUGACUGCGAUUUAUGUGUCACCUAAACUGACAAACUGAUAAAACUGACAAUAUUAUAACCAUACCAAUUGCCAUUCAUACAUUCAUACCAUUAAAUUUAAAUAUACAUAGUUGGUAAAUACAUAACAAUUACUAUACAAAUUAUUUCAUAUUUUCCUAAACAUGUGGAUGUAUAUUAUAUCAAUAAAAAGUAUAAAUAGAAUACACAUAUGCAUGGUGUUUUGUAAAUGUAAAUUUAUAUAAUUUAAAACUAAAACGAAAGUUUUAAUGUGAUAAGGUGGAGUGGGUUCAUCUUCGUUUUCAAAAAAAAAAAAAAAAACUCAGCCAACCCUGAUCUGGUGACAAUAGGUAUAAUUUCUAUUUUUCACCAUAGAGACGAAACAAAUGUUUUACCUCAUGGCGUUUUGAUGUGUAGUUACGCUACUGAGUUAGGUUGUACCUUUGAUUAUUAUGGAAUUAUUACAAAUAUUAAAAAUGUAUUGGAGGACGUCUUCCAAGUCAUGAUUUGUACGAGCUAAUCUAAACUAAUAAUAUUAUAAAGAGAAAUGAUUUGUUUGUAAUGGAUAAGCUCAAAAACUACUUAACCAAUUUUAAAACUUCUUUCAUCUAUAAAAAGGUUCACUAUCAGUAAGUAACAUGGACUAAAUUUUAUUUCCAAAAAAAAUUAGAGAUAACUACGAAAAUUUCAAUAGUGUAACCCAAGGUAUCAAAACUAACGACCGAUUAAUGCACUGCAUGUUUAUAGAUCAUUACCCAUAAAAAAUGUGAAUUGUAAUAAUCAUUACGAACAUAUUUAUCAUUAUUUUUAUUGUUAACACAGUUUAUUAUUAUUAUUAUUACUCUCUCUUAUCUUUGCGUUACGGGACAGCUUUAUACAUACAAUAUAUAAAAUAGCAUGGCCAAAAAUAACCUGACCGACUGACGAAUCGGGCUGAAAUUUUGCAUACAGAUAACUAUUAUAAUGUAGGCAUUAAUUUUAUUUAACAUUCAUUUUUGGAAAUUCAAUCUCAAAGAGUGUAAAAUAAGGGAUUUAGGUAUUUUUGAUACGAAUAUCUAAUUGUUUAAUUAUUUUAUUUUAUUCAAGGGUUACCUUAUUGAUUCGAAUGAUAAUUUGGUUGUCACGGACAAGAAAACUAUUAUUAUUAUUAAUAUGACUAUUAUUUAACAAUAGCAAACCAUUUCCGAGUCAGUUAGUUGAUCUAUAUUUGUAUAUUUGUGUACAUUUUAUUUAUAUAAUACGUUUAUUUAUUUAAGCUGAAGAAGAUGUUAAUUUCUACUUACACUGUGGGUGAGGUAUUCAAUAUUAAUCGGUAGAUAUUAUAAAAAUCAACGCAAAGAUAUUUGUAUACCAACAAGCAAAUUAUUUCGAAUCGUUCAUUUGUUUGCUUAUUUAAAUAAUUUAAUGUCAAGAAUGAAAUAGACGAUCAUAUCACAACGAAUAUGAUUUUAUAUUGUACACCUAUGUAUAUGUAUUAUACGCGUUUGAAAUUAUAACUACUGGAACGUAAAAGUACACGACUAUAUUGUAUACAAUAAUACAAUAUACUUUUAGAUAGACAUAGAUGUAUUGGACAUAAUUCAGUGUGUAACAAUUUCAUUUGAAAUUUCAAAAUUUCUCUUUCAAAUGUGAACAAUUUGUUUGGAAGUAGGUAUUUGUCAUUUCAGUUAGUUAAAUCUGUUAUUACUUAAGGACAUCUAUACACUCAAUAUAACAAAUGAAAAAUAUACAAUAUACCAAAUUCGUAGGUAGACGAGGAAAUUAUAUUUUUACUUCGUUUAAAAUAAUGUAAAUUGUAAAUACCUAAUUUAGUGGUUUAUAACCACUAAAAUAAUAAAAAAAAAAAAAUGUAUUUUGUACAGAAUAUAUUAUAGAUAUAGGUGUAUCGAAUAAUAUUCGAGUAGGUCAAGUGUGUUCUAUAUAAUAAUAUUUCCAAUUUGAUCACAAAAAAUAUCAUUAAUAAUACCGUGGCUCGUUUUUAAAACUACUAACACGUAUUAGCAUAAUAUCUACUUCUAAUAUGCUAAUAGGCGUAGCAACACGUAAUAAUAUGUAAAUUAGGAAUGUUAUAUAAUAUUAAUGUUAUCAUUAUACAUUGUGGUAGGUUCCUAUAUAUUAUCAAUUCAUUUAAAUGGUUUUAAGUCGUGGCAUUGAUAUUGACAUUCGAACUACUACUCUUAUAAAGGCAGGUAGUUAUAUUUAAUAGUUAUGUAUAACGUAUAUAUCGUUAAAUUAUAUAGGUUAUAGGUAUAUAAUAUUAUAUUGUUAUGUAGGUUCGGUGGGCCUAUACAAGUAAAGUGGGAUAUCUGACAGUUCAAAACUUAUUGUCGUUAGAUAUAAUAAAAAACCACCUUAUGAGCGUGACUUAUAAUAAUAUUCAUUUAUUUUUGAGCAAAUUGAAUCAUGGAUUAUAUGUUUUAUAUAGGACCUUUUUAAAUAUAAGUAAGCUUCUUUGAUAAUAUUAUAGUAGAACACUGUGAAGACUCCUACCUUAACGGUUACAAAAUAGACACCGCAGAUGUUAAUAUUAUUUUGAUUAUAAUAUAAAUAAACGUAUUAACCGCUAUACGCGAUGACUGUAUAUGCAUACCCAAAGCCGUAUCUGAGUGGGUAGAGUUCAACUCCCUAAUUGUUUUCUAAAAAUAUUGUUUAUUACUUUCUAGAUAAAUACUAUGUUCGUAACAAAAAUAAUAGAUAAUUUAAUUUAAACCUCUCCAAAAUAUUUGGUCCAGCUACGACCUUGUGUAUAUUUAAUGUAAUUACUAGUGGGUAUAAUGAACAUCAAUAUUGUAUAAAUGAAAAUAAGUUAACAUUUUAAAAUUUAAUAUAAUUUAAAUAUUUUUUUUUUUAUUUAACUUGGGUUAUAAAUUAUUUUUGUCGUUAAUUUUAAUUAAACUGAACUAGUUUAGAUUUCAUUGAAUUAAUUUCAACUUUUAUAGAUUCUGAAUGAAGCGAGUAAUGUAACCUGUAUUGAUUUUACUGUGGUGUGUAUUGUUUUUUCGGGAAACAUUUUUUUUGCAUAAUAACUGUCUAAAUUGUCCACAGCAAAUCUCAUAAGAGAUAUGAAUGUUUCUCCCGUUGUCGGCGAUACUUUAUUUAAAAAGAUGUUUCUAGAUUUUCAAUAGUUUGAAAAACUAUUAUAUAAAAUUAGAAAAAACUGACAAAAAUGUAUGAUCGGUUUAAUUUUCGUUGAUUUCUCAGUUACCUUGACUACAUGGGAAACAUCUGACCUACGGUAUAACCUUACCAGUUUUCGAGGUCUACGUAGAAUAUAUUUUUUUAUUGCAAUCAUUUAUCCUUAUUUUCAGUAAUGAACAUCAAUUGAAAAUGUACCAAUUUUUGACUGACUUGUAUUAUAUAUUUUAAUCGACAACGAUUGCCUCCUGUAUACAAACUUUAUACUUUAUUUAUUACCUUAUAUAUUCUAAACCUUUUAAACUCGCCACCGACAACAGUGACCUACUUUGCAGUUUGCUCCAUAAGAAGUAUUUUUGGCUUUUUUAAGGUUAAUUUUCACAAACUUUUUAACUUAACAGAUUGGAGAUGAUAAGUUAUAACUUAUAUUAACUUAUCCAUUCAAAUUUAAUCGGUUGCAUUAUGUACAGGAAUAUAAACGACGGAUGUAUUGCAUAAUAGUAUAUCAAAUGGUAAACAUAAAAACUAUCACUAUAAAUCCUGAAAACUUAAAACGUUUAAAAACAAAUUUCAACUUAUUUUAACUGGGUCAAAUCAACAUUUUUUCAUAUUUCGAAUUCUAACUAGACCAGUUGAAACCCCACCUAACUUGUCCAAUUAAAUUUUUCUUUUGUUAACUUUACACUUUUGAUCGUAAGAUUUGUUUUCUUUAUUUAAAAAUUUACGACAAAUACGUCAAAUAAGUUAGUUAUUUAAACUAAUGUACAAAAUAUCUGGACACGUAUUACAAACACAGCGAGAUACUGAAAGCAAUUUUAAUUUGUUCAAUUCAUGAUUAUUAAUUUCAGGUGAUGGGGAAGGGGGUUAAGGAAAUGGUUAAAAAAUUACUGUUUAAAAUGAUGUAGACAAAUCUUUAUUUAAAUCAUUAAUAUCAUGAUAUUAUAAUAUAUAAUAUAAUUAAAUAAUUGCAUUAAAUACAGAGUUCGUUGUUUAAAUUAUAUUCAAAAUAUAAUAACAUAUUAUAUUCUUUACCAGUGGUUCCCAACCUUUUUUUUUCUAUGGUGACUCAUACAUUGACUCUUUUUGGGUAGGCAACCCCUCAUCAAAAAAAAAAAUAAAACUAAAUAUGCCAUAAUGACUUAAUACAUAAUAAGUAAUAAUAUUGAUAUAAAAAUUGCUACAUUAAGAACGUUAUUUAAUUCAGUUGACAUUUUUUUUGACACAAGUACUUCUUUGUGAGGCGUAAAACGUGUUCAUUUAGCAUCUGGAGCUACUUCUUUAAUAGGUCGUACCACACCAAUAUGUUUACCCGUCAUCAAUGCCGCGCCAUCAGUAGUGCACCUAUAUCAGUAGAUAAAAUAUUCUAUUGAGUUAUAAAUACCUGCACAAAUUAUUGUUGUGCUCAAACUAUCAUAGUACAAGAAAUUUUCAUUAAUACUUUCGUCGAAAUAAUAUCUUAUAACUUCAGACAAUAUAACUUUAUUUUGAACGUAUUUACUUUCGUACAACUGAAUAAAAAAAAUAAUGAUAGGUUUUGAAUUUAAUCUGUUUAAUAAUAAUUGUUCUUUUAUGUUUUCGUUAUGUACCGUAGUAAAUGAAUAUUUUACAACAAAAUUAAUUUAAUGAAAACUGUAAUUAUUUUUAAGUGGCGUGUUUAUGAUUAAACCCGUCAAAUCAAUUUCUUUAUUGGACAUAAUACGCCAAUUAUUAUUUGUUGUCUUUGUCUACCUUGCGUAACGAACCGAAUUUAAGUAUCACGUAAUCGAAUAAUCGAUACAGUUUUGCUUUACUAAAGUGAAUUGACCUAUUUUUAAGUUAAAAAAUCCAGUAGGUGUAUUACGGGUGUUAUGUAAAUCUUCUUCACUUAUCAUAAAUGAUACUGGAUGGUGAGCCACUAUGGUAGGUUGGAAAUAAGCCAGGAAGGUUAUAAUAUAGAGUAAUUUAAUUUAUAUCUAUACACAUUAUGUAACGAUGAAUUAUUGUUAACGAAAAAACGACUCUGAGUGGAGUAUUAUAUUUUGUGGAGAUUAUAUUUUGGUCAAUUUUAAUUGAAAAUUGUACAUUAAUUUGUAACUAUACAAAUGCACGUUUUUGGGUUUAAAUUUGUUUAGUAUUUUUAUAGUUAAAACGUUUUGUUCAUAUGAAUCGGAAAAAGCACGUGUUAUUUUGGUCAAUUUUAAUUGAAAAUUGUACAUUAAUUUGUAACUAUACUUUAAUGCUAUUAUUUUUACGUUUACCUUCAAAAUUUGAAAUUAAAAUGUUUAAGAUAAAAUUAAUAUUUUAUGCUUAACUACUGUUAACUAAACUGUUAACUUUCUAUACCUAUGAUAAUUUUUAACUAAUUUACAACAAAAUCAAAAUCGAAAAUAACGAAACCAUUAAUGCUGUACAUUUUCUACAUUUUGUCUCAAUUAUUAUAAAAACUUGUUGGAAAACCAAACCAUGACUUUCUUACUAACCUAAAUUGGUUUUGUUAGAGCAAUAUUUCAGGUUGAAAACUUCAAUCACAAAUAAUUUAAUAUGAUACGCCGCAGUGCGCUGCAUUAAUUUGUUAGUUUUCGUUGUAUGUCUUUUUCUGGGUUUUCCCAAUAAUAAUGAAAACUGUUUGAAAAAAAAAAAAAAAUGAUUUAAUUAUUCACCAAUUAGAUACUAAAUGCAAGAAAAAAAUUUUAAAUUUUGAUUGGAGCCAGAUUUCUGAUAGAAAAGUUGUUUACGGACACAAAAAACACACAUAACAUAGUAAAACCAAUACAAUCUUCGCUACGAGAAUCUAAAAUAUUUGUGAAUAUUCUUAAAGGUUUCGAUAUUUUAAUUUUUAGUAUAGCUACCUAUCUAAAAUAUGCUAGUACCUAUUCAAAUUAAUUUCAAUAUUAUAUGUUAUUCAUCUUUAAGUAAGUCUAAAUAAAUAUCGUUUUAAAAAAAUUAAUAUGUCUAAAACUAAAGAUAAAAUACAAGAUAAGGUCGUGAAUGUUCUCAUUUUUAAACAAAUUGCGAUUAUCCAUAGCCCAUGUCGGUAGGUAUAAUACACUAAUUUUUGCAAGAUAUAGAUAAAGUAAUUAAGUAGGUCAUUGUUGUAAAAGUAAAAUAUAAGGGGUAAUUUAUUUUUUAUACUGUAAAUCAUUGCAAAUGAAAACUGAUUCUGAGUCGAAUUCAGUUAAAUAUUUUUAGUAAAUUUAAAUUGAACAUUGUAUUAAUUUGUAAUCUCAAAUAAAUUAAUAUUGUUUGCGUUUUAACAAAUUUAAUCAUAAAUUUGAACAACGACAUAUAUGCUCAACUCAUUUUUCCGCAUUAUUAUAAACCUUGCAUCAAAGUUUUGCAUUAUAUUGAAAUAAAACAUUUUAAAUAACACUGUUCUAAUAACUCAUUGAUAUAACUGGUUAAAUUUAAAUAAUUUAUUGCAUGUGGCAUUUGAAGUUCGAAUAAUUGAUAUUAAUACAAUUGUUAAUAAAUCAGUAACUAAGUUAAUAUUUGUAUACCUAUGAACUAUGCUGCAACAUAAUGUAUUUAGGAUUUUUCUAUGAAGGGAUGCAUGGAAUUUAAAUUACGUUCGGAAACCCGUGGACCGUAUAUAGCCCUUACUAAAUGCAUUCUUCUACAACCAAAGUCGUUUUAAAUAGUAAAAAGCGCCGGUACCUAAUUGCUUUACAGCAACGAGUAUACGGCCUAAGUUUAGAGUUUAAACCCCAUUGAUUCUAACCCCCUUAAAUACGCCACUAUCGUUAAUUUAGUACCUAUAUAAUUAUAAAUAUACGCAACUUCAUUUUCACUUUAUUGUUUUACAAAAUAAACAAUUUUUAUAUAUUAUAUUAUAUAGAAGACAAUAUAUAGACACAUAUAAUAAAAUUACACUAAUCUUUUUCAUCUUUAUCAUUCAAAUUUCUCAUAUGUAUCUGUAUUAAUUGUACAUAAUUAUAUGUUUAGAUUCAAUAUGGCCAUAGUAAAAACAGAAACAACAGAUGAACUAAUUAAUAGAGGGUUUGAUUUUUUUACAAAACAUUUCCCAGAUAGUGAAAAACCCGAUAGAUUGGGUAUUGGACCUGGAAGAGUAAACUUAAUUGGAGAACAUACGGAUUAUAAUGAUGGAUUUGUAUUACCUAUGGUGAGUAAAUAUUAUAAUUUGUAUAUAUCACUUAAGUAAAAAUAAGAAAGUGUAGUUAUAUAAAUUAUGUACUCCUAUAUUAAAUUCCAUUAAAAACAUUUAAAUGAUUAAUGAAAUACAUACAAUCAAUUGUAUUAUAGAUAUUUUUUUGAAUUAUUUUUUAAUUGUAUACAUGUAUCUUAAAUACCUUUUAACUAUGGAGAUUAAUUUUUAUCCAGACAUCCAGUGAUUAGUUCUACAAAGGUGACUUUAAACGAAACAUAAUAUAUAAUGCUGGAUUUUUGGGCGGAGGGGGAUGGAUGGAAACUCCUACAAAAGUAGGUAAUCUCCUACAAAGAAUAUCAAAACGUAAAAUAAGGUAUUUUAAAAUAAGUAAAAAUCAGUCAUAAACUACAAAAAUCAAAAGCAAAAUAUUACAAUACAAUUUUUUUAAAUAAAAAUAAAAAUAAGUAAAAAUCAGUCAUAAACUACAAAAGGUCAUAAAUUCCUAAACAAACAUUUAUUUACGUUUAUUUUUAUAACUUCCCUUUUUAAUAAAAUCUUAUCGUGAAAUUUUUCUUUCUUUGCCUUUUUGAUCAUUUAUGUACUCAUAUUUUUCAAUUAUUUUUGUCCGCCUAAGUCCUGAUACGUCACUGUUUCUAAUUUUUACAUAAGUUUCCGUCUGUAAAUUUAAUAAAACGUUCACAAAUAAAUGUGAAUUCGGAUGGUGGUGAUAAAAAUUAAUAUUAAAUUUGGAAUGAAAUGCAUUUGUUAUUUUAUUAUUAGACCAUAAUUUUGGAGGAAAAACUGAACACGAAAACGUGUAAUUUUCUGCUGAAUAGCCAAAAUACUGUUCAAUAUUAUCGUCAGAUGGUUUAUUUUCUAAUAAAUCGAAUGCAAAACAAUUUUCAAUAUUAUCGACAUCCGAGAAUGGUAAACCAAAGGUACUAAGCAUAUUCAAAUUUCAGAUUCAUUAUUUUUGUAAUGAUUUGUUAGGCCUAAUUGUUGGAUUUUUCUGAAACAAUUUUGGCACAAAUGAAAAUUACAACCACUUAUUUCCGCUGUUGGCCAAAUAUUUCUGAUUGCAUUAUGAAUUGAAACUUCAAAGUCAGACACAACUAUAGGUUGUUGGAAUAAUAAAUUAUUUUGCAAACAAAUUUCGUUUAUUUUUUAAAAUAAUAAAUUGUAUGUUUGACUAUGUUUGUCAGGAAGUAAAGCAAAAACUAACAGUACAUCAUUUUGAUUUUUUAAACUAUGAAUGGUAAAUAAUUGAACAAAAUAUUUUGUACAAUGAUUGAAAGUACCGUUUACUAAUAUUUUUUCGACAGAACGAAAAAAUUUUAAAUUGGUGAGCUAGAGAAUAUUAUAAUAUUAGUAUCUUUAUAAUUUAAUUAAACGAAUUGUUCAAAGCGGUUUGUUUUUAUGUUCAUUAAAUUUAUAGUAUCAAAAGCUUCAUCAAUACUCGUAGGCAAAGAUGGCAAAAUAUCUUUACGUGUAUUAUAAAUGUUUCUUCUAAUAUAAUUAAGAUCAGUUGUAUUUAAAGUAUUUUCUUCAUUCAAAUUUUUUAUUUCGGUUAAUUUAAACUUUCAAUGUUUUUCAGUAAUAUUGUCUGCACUAACCUUUAUUUUCAGUAAAUUAUUUACUUCUUGACGAUUCAGUGAUGUAUCUUCAUCUUAAUUGUGAUUUAGAACUGCAUUUUUUCAGUUAUCUCGUCCUCUGUAUUAUUUGUGUACAAUUUACUUUUACAAUUAUUGUCAAUGCAACAUCACGUUUUUUGGCCAUUUAUUGCAGUGUAAUGCAAAAAAAAAAAUAAAUUUGUUUAAUAUUAAAAGCUUUUUACCAUUUUGGCCGUACAUAAAUUCCAUUGUAUUCAAUUGUAAUAUUAACUGCAAAACAAGUGCACAAAGUGAGAGAACAAACAACACUGCCAGGAAUAAAACAGUUAUUCAAUUAUUUUGUUCUGCAAUUACUGGUAUGGAUGCAAUAAGCCUUUUAUUAGCGGAAAAGAGAUUGUUGUAUUUCCAAUUUACGGAAAUAACGUAGCCGUUAUCGAAAUGUUUGAGAAUUUCCGAUACGAUGCCUUAUAUUAAUGUUUACCAAAUUUUAUUAUCUUGUAUUCGUAAGUCUCUACGAAUAUUUAUUCAAAAUGCAACAAAAAAGGUCUCUUAUCAUUUUUUCCAUUAGAGAACUAUUUCUGGUAUAAAACGUCGUGCGUGUUCAUUUAAAAUAAUGAAAUCGUAAAAUCAUACGUUUUUUCACACUUAAGUGCAACUAUCUCAAACAAACAUUGUAAAACGAAUACACAUUCCUUGCUACACUUAGAAUAUAAAAUGUAAAAAGAUCUGUGUAGGAGAUUACACCACCUACUUUUAGCAGGUAAAAAUGUAAAAAGGUCUAUGUAGGAGAUUACACCAUUUAUUUUGGGCACGUAAAGAGGGACAAUGUAGGAGUGUACACUAUGUUUUAAAUUCAGGUAGUAAAAAGGUAAUUUGUGUAGGAGUUUACAUGUAGCCGGAUUUUGUAACUUAUAUAGCCGGAUUAGUCACAAAUGUUUAUGAAGAACAAUAAUUUUUAGAUUCUUAGACAAAAAUGAUAGGAAUGAUUAUCUAUUUUUAUUUUUCAGUUUUUGUUAUUUUCAUAUUUGAGACAGAAAAAGGUAAAAAAAAAAAAAGCUUUCCUAAGAUAAUAGGCACGAGGGAUAGGUGGGAAGUUAGGAUAUAGACGGGAAUUUAAUGUAUAUCUGUAAGCAAAGAUUAAUCAUUGCUAACAAAAAAACGAUUCUGAGCGGAGUUCGGUUGAUAGUAUUGCUUUGUCAACAAUAUAUAUGUCAUAUAAUAAUAACAUAAUUACGUAUGCAUUAUAUAUUUUCUUUAAUAAUAUUUGUUUAAUAUUGUAUCUAUCCGUUCUCCCGGUUUUCUUCAGUUUUGCAAUAUGUAUUGAGAAAACUCCUAGGAAAAAAAUGACUCUUUUAAAAUACUUCCCAAGUCAGAUUUCCUUUCAGAAAAAAUGCUGCACUUAUAAAUCGAAGCAAGAUUUCUGGUGGAAAAGUUGUUCACAAAUAAAAGGAAAAUUAAAAAUAAACAUCAUUGUAAUAAACCAAUUCAUUCCCUCGCUCCGCUCAGAAUUUAAAAUUAUAUUUCUACAUUUUACAAUAAUAAUAAAAUAAUGUAUCAAAGAUAUAUCACGUUUUAUUUUUAAUUUUUAUUUAUUUAUUUUCGUAUGACUUAAAAAAAUAAUACAAACAACAUUAAAAACAAUAAAAUCUUAAUUUUACGUAUAGCAUAUGCGUUAUGGUAAUUGUCUAUUUGAUAACAUCAGUACCUGGUAGUGUCUGCCACCAAGUCAAGGUUUUUAAUUCAAUCUACCGGCUUCUUUGGUUGCGUCGAAAAUAGCAUUUAGUCCGCCACUAAAUCUUCUCUCUGAGCAUUCUUGUAGGAUAUGGUUCAUGGUUUGUUCCACUCCGUAGUCACAUUUUUCGCUAUCGCAAAGUUUCUAGCUAUACUAUAGGCUAUUGUAUCUUCCUUUCUCAGUACGAAACCUAUUUAGCUUCACCCGAAGUCGCCUUUCCAAGUUCAUCCAUAGUUAUGGUGUUUUGAUAUUUUGACCAGGUUUUCAUUAACUGGUUUAUUCUUAUUUCACUCACAUAUUAUUCAUAUUCCCAUAGGUUAGAUAUUUUUCUCUCUCUGUUUUUAUUUCUUCCACUUGUUGUAAAAAUCCGUUAUGCCCUUACGUGACAACAAUCUUGGUUUACAUAUCCCAUCUGUAUAGAGUAGAAGGUCUGGAUUGCUAUUGAGCUUUGUUGUAUAGAUGUCACAUCCGCUUAGUGUAAUUGUAUUUUUCAUGAAAUGUAGUCCAUUUCAUGAACAACGAUCAUAUCGCGUAAGUCAAAUUUAUGUUCAUAAAAUGGACAUAUAUUUAAUCGAUUUCAUAAAAUGGAAACUUAUUUUAAACUAAGGUAACUUUUCGUGAAAUCCAAAUAAUAACAUUGAUACGAUCACACGAAUAAUAUUUUUAAAUUAUAGGAAUUAAAAUACUAAGUAGGUACUGUAGAACUUUAGUAACUGUACUACUACGAUAAUAAUAUUAUUAUUAUGUUAUCGAAAUUUGUUAACGAUAAAUAAUUGCAUCAAUUGUAUGAGUGCGAUUCUGCAUUCUGGAAAAGUUCUAUAUUAAAUUAUUUGUAUUUUUAUAUGAUGCCUAUACGUCUUCUGACUUAAUUCGAGCGAUAACCGUUUAUUACGAAAUAAAUAUUUUAAAUAAAAUGGAAUUUGAUUCAUUUUAUGAAUUUUAUGAAAAAUUAAACACUUAAUACGUAGACAAACUCGGGAUAAAAUCAUCAACCAAAAAUGAGGUUCAACCGAUGAUUGAAGAUAAUUUAACAGCCAAAGUAAAAAUGUAAGUAGUCGUUAAAAUGGGUGAUUUACUUUUCGGCCAAUAUCGACCUUACCGUUUACCGCGAGUAUAAUAAUAUAUAUUUCUGGGGGAUAAGGUUUUUUAAAUUAUAUUUAAUGUCAAUGUGAAACAAAACGGUGUGCUUGUUUUAAAGCUUCUAUUAAGUUUAAUAGUAGUUGGCAUAAGUCAUAUUUUUAAUAAUAAGUAUUUACUAGAUUAAAAAUUUAACUUAAUUUAAACUGGUCGUAUUUUCUGAUAACCAAGUUUAUUAUAAAACAUAUUAUAAUUUAAAAACAUUAGAUUCAUGUAAUCGUGUUAAUGUUAUUAUUUCGAUAGUUACUUAUUAAUGUAAUUCAUUUAAAAUAAUGAAUUGGACAUUCAUUAUUUAUAAUUUGAUUUUUUUUUUUUUUUACUCUUGAACAUAUUCGUCAUGAAUCAAUAAUAAAUGAAUAACAGUGUAAACUUAAAUUAUACCGUUGUGAGAUUUCAGUUUAAUUUUUUAUAAAAUCGUUUAAACUAAAACUUUUAGAGUAGAUAUAGAUUUUCACUACACUAAAUAUAUGUUAUAUCAUUAUCAUAAUACCAAAUACUGAAUAUUUCUAUACCUAUACUUAAAUAUAGAGGAGAAAAAAGAAACGGACCUUAUAUUUGGCACGAUAGAUGGGCCUUUGUUGUAGGCGAGAAAUUGGGAAGUUAGAGAGGAAAUUUUGUAAAUAUAUAAGCAACAAUUGACCAUUGCUAGCGAAAAAUGAUUCUGAGUGAAGUUCCGUUAUACAUGUUUUGAAAGGUCGUAAUAUUUACGAUUUGAAAAUAAUACAUUUCGUAAAUUUUUCCAUUUUUCCUACGUUUUUUCCCGGUUAUUCCCACUUAUUAUGAAAACCACUGAGAAAAUCAAAAAGUGACCUUCUUAAUGCAGGUACCAUCCUAGUGAGAUUUUCUUUCAAAAAAAGUGCUACACUUGAAAACCAGAGCAAAAUUUUGGGUAGAAAAGUUGUUCAUAAAAAAAAAUAAAUAAACUUCAUUAUUUCAUUGUAAAACAAAUGCAUUUCUCGCCCGCUCAUAAUCUAAAUUAAAUAUAUGAUAUAUUCCGUAUUUUAAUCUAAUAUACAGUAGGUAUACAGCAAAGUAAAUUUUAACAUAUAAAGUACAUGGCACUAGUGCUUCUCAGUGAUAGUUUAAUGUUAUCCAGUGGUGGGUGUUCAUACCAUCAUGAACCAAAUAUUAGUGCCACUGCCAUUUUUACAAUGACUCAAAAUAAUUUAAAUAAAAUUAAUAUGAUUAUCUAAUAUAAAUACACAGGAAUGAAAAGAAAAUUUUCCCUACAGUAAUACAGUUGUCAUUUGGUGUUAUCCCUUGUCAACAAAUGCUAUCGCUUAUACUAUUUUGAGCUCUUGAACAGUUUAUUGUAUGUUAUAAAAGAAAUAAUAAUAUUUUAUUGAAUAAUGAACAUUAAAGGAACAAUUUUAACUGGACUAUAUGACAUGUACGCCGGAAUCGUUUUGAUAUGAAUUGAUUUAUUAUAUGUAAAAAACGAUAACAGUAUACGUCAUAUUUUUAACAACGUUAUUAAUUUCUUCAGAAAUCGUCGACCGUUUUGGUCUUCAUAAUAAUUCUUUCGAAUUAUGAAUAAAGACCGGAUUUUAUUGAUAUCGCAACUUUUUUUACAAUAUAGAUAAAUCAGAUCUGAUUAAAUAUAUUAUAGCCGAUAUAAAAUAUUCUGCCUAUUUAAUUUUAUAAUGCAAUUUUUUUCGAUUUUCGAUGUUUUUGCGAUUUUCCAACGUUUUAGGCGUUUAUCGUUUGUCUAGAAUUUUCUAGAAGCUUGAAGAGCCUAGCGAGCGAUAAGCGUCUUUUUAUAUAUGGCGGCACCAUCGAGAAUAACUAAAUACAGAAAAUAAAUGCCGGGUAUACCUUUACCACCCGAACAAUUAUUAAAAAGUGAGGAACACGAUUAAAUGCUGCACUUUUUUAUGCAAAUAUUUUUGAAAAGUUUAAAAACGAAAUUGAAAGUUUAACAGAUGAUACUACAAGUGUCGAAAAGAUAAAACAGCUUGUAUAAAAUAAUGCAGUCAAAUGUGGUUAAGCAUUCAUAAAAUUACACUUAUCCGAAUUAUCAAUAAAUCUUAAAAAUUUAGAAGAAUCUAAUAGUGAACUACUCAAAAGCAUGGAUAUUUUUAGAAAAAUUGAAGAUAUUUUAAUUUUUUAAGAUACUCCUGGUCCAAAUGGGAAAUAAAUUAAAGAAAAGUGUAUGUAUGUAAUUGAAAAAAAUAAAGGGUAUAAAACUUUUAAGUCUUACUAUGAAGUCAUGUCAGGUGAAGCAAAUGUUAAUUUAGAUAUAACACCUACUUCAUUAAAUUGUUUUAAAUAUGCACCAAUAACUAGUGUAGACGUAGAACGUAGUUUUUUUUUGUAAAAACAUAUUUUAAGUAAUAGAAGAUUUAAUUUUAAUGAAAAUAAUUAAGAAAUGUAUCUAAUUAUCAGUUUUAAUUAAAACAAGUAACAUUUAUCUAAUUGUUUUCAUAUAACUUUUGCAUUUUUAUAGUGAAAUUUAUUAUGCAAAUUUUACGUAGUUUUUGAUACAAUUAUAUAAUUUUAAUAUGCAAUUUUUGUGUAUUUUAAAUGCAAUUAAAUCCGGUCUCUAGUUAUGGCUAUACUAGCUAUACUAUUUAAUGCUCUCGUAAUUGUUAUUUGCGCAUUGAACUUCCGAUUGUAGGCUUGGUUGGUUUCGUUGUGACUUCACUUGGUUUCCCCUAAGUUUUAAGGAGGAUUUAUGGACCCAUGAAGGAUAGCAAUAGCAAUGAGCGAAGGACAAGAACAAAUAAUGAGCUAGAAUUACUUUUCCAUAAGCCAAAUUUAAUGGAAACAAUAAAGAAUAAGAUACUAAAGUGGGCUGGACAUGCUUAGCGUAGCCAGAAUCCCUUGCUACGCAUAAUAUUAGAACAGGAUCCAACAGGGAAAAGGCCACUGAGAAAACCUCGUAUGAGAUGGAAAGAUCUGGUUAAAAAAGAUAUAAGUGCUUUAGAUGGACCAGUUCGGAAGGAACGAGCAUCCGACAAAGGUGGCUGGAGGAAAGGGUGUUUGAUAGGGAUGGUCCAAGCGGCCAUUUACCCGAAGAAGAAAUAGUUACAAAUUAGUAAAUUGUUUAGUUUGUUUUUUCAAAACGUAUUGAUCGAAUUUUGUUCAGAAUUGGUUUUGUUUGAUUAUUUAUCUUUUCAUAAAAAUAAAAGCAAAUUUACCCUGCAAAUCCUACCUUCCCAAUUUGCCACUUUGAUUGUAAAUUCAUGGUGCGAGUAGGUAUGUCUGUUUUUUGUGAUAAUAUUAUUGUUAAGUAAUAUUCCAUUUGUUCCAGUAAAUAGGGUAAACCAAGCGUUUCAAAUGACUCAAUAUAAACGUGUAUGUAUAAUUAUUUUCUUUGUUUGAGAAUUAAUUAUCUAUUUAUAUUUUGAAUGCAAUGUUAUAUUGUAGUAGUAUGAAAAUGAAACUAUCGAAACAAGGUGGUUCGUACCUGUGCCAGUUUUAGCACCUACUCGUAUUUAAAAAAAAUACGUACUCUCAAUUUAUUCGUUUGUAAUAUUAGUUACCUAAUUUUUAAAUUAAAUUAAUGCAAAUAAUACCGUUUAUUCAUGCAGAGAUUAAGUUCCUAUUUUUCAAUUUAAUACUAAGUGAUUUUAUUUUAAUUUAACUUAAAAUAAUAUAUUGUGAAGGAUUUAUUUCUUUCUAUGUUAGGUUUUCUUCUAUGUAUUACAGUUAAAAUAACAAAGGCGGUAUAUCAAUAUGUCAGUGUAGCAUCCUCUUAAAUUCUUAUUCUCAUCCACAUAACAUUGUACGGAAUUUUAAUAUCGUUUCAUAUUAAUUAUAGCAAGGAUAAUUUUGUUUAAUAUAGUUUUUAUUUGGUAAGUAUAAUGGGGACAAAAUUGUUUUAACAAUCGGAAAUACUUGAAAAUUUAAUACGAGAUUCAUUGUUAAUUGAACAUAAUAGUAAAAAAAGUUGAACGUUACUGCAAUAGUUUUUUUUUUUUUUAUAAGCAUUUUAAAGUCAGAUUUUGACGAAAAUCAUAUAAAUUACGAAAUAUUAAAACAUGUAUAACCGAACUUUGCUCAGAAUCGGUUUUCGUUACUUCGUCAGCAAUGGUUUAUCGUUGCGUACAAAUAUAAAUUAAAUAGCUUCAUGUAUCCUACCUUUUCAACUUACCAUCUACAACAGUGGCACACCUAUCUCCAGUAUCAGCUUUUUAUUUAUUUCUGUAAUCAUAAUUUAAACAAAAAAUUACAAUAAAUGAUUAUUAUUGACCAAAUGGUAUUAAUGGACGUUAACUUUAAAUUAAGUCUUAUAGUUCUUGAGAUUUAAUUAUUCUAUUGAUUAUAUAUUUUCGAUUCAAGUCUUUACCAUUAAAGUUCGUGUAAUAGUGGAUAGGCUUAUCGAAAAAUCGUCAUUUACUUGGUUGUCCUUGUUCAAAUAUAAUUGUAGAGCUCUUGCCACUCAAUCUUAUGAUUUUAUUUUAGGUUUGAAUUUUAUUUACGUGAUGGGCCCUUUGAACCAGGAGCCUCUGAAUUCAGUUCCCAGAAAAUAGUAAUAGGUAACAGAAAAUAGUCCUAUCCGCUACUAAUUUCAUGAUUUAAAAUAAAUAGUUAAUAAGUACUUUAUUUUUAUUCAUUAUUAAGAAUAACAUAAUAUUUCUUUUAAAAUGAGAAUACAAAUAAUAUAGUAAUAACAGUACGUUUCUCAGUCCAACAAUAUUAUCAUUAUGGACUAUGGUAAUGUACCAAAUCAUUAAGGCUUUAUUAUACUCGUUUCUGAAGGGAGGAGGAUUUACACCCCCACCGAAAUGUUUAAAAUAAUUAUAUAUUUUUAUACCAGCAUGAAUAUUUUCAAUCAUAAAUAGUUACAAUUUUAACUAAACUAUUAUUUUGGAUUCAGAGUGGAACGAAGGAGCUUGUAAUUUUACAAAGAUGUUUAUUUUUUUUCUCUGUGGACAACUUUUAUACUGGUAAUUUUGCUCAGAUUUUUUGGUAGAGCAUUUUUUCUGAAAGGAAAUUUUUCUUGAGUGGUACUUUAAUGAAAUCAUUUAUUAAUUUUUCCAGCUAUUUUCAAAAUAAAUGGGAAAACCGUAGAAAAGAUAGGAAGAUUAUUUACAAAAAUAAUGAUUUUAUUAUGUUCAAUUUUGUUUUUUAUUUUAAUUCAGUGAAAAAUAUCCGCGGAGACUUGAAAUUGAAAACGUGGUAAAUUUUUCAAAACAAUUGAGUCAUUUUUAAGUGAUUUAUAGACAUUUUAAUUUUUCGAGUUUUUCACGUAAUGUUUAUUCUGUAGGUACUAUUUGUGGAUACAAUUUUUAAACCAAACAGAAAGCUUGAACAUUUUACACGAGUUUCAUUAUAAAAUGUACUUAGUGGUCAACAAUAAAAAGUUGAGUUUAAUUAAAUUUUUUUUUUAUAAGAAUUUUAAUGUCAAAUUUUCACGAAAAUCGUAAAUAUUACGGCCUUUUAUACAUGCAUAAGCGAACUCCGCUAAGAAUCAUUUUUCGUUAGCAAAGAUUGAUCAUUGCGUUUCUAUACAUUAAAUUCCCCUCUAUAUCCUUACUUCCCAACUUCUCACUUAAAACAGUGGGUCAACCACUUAUCGUGUGAAGUUUGUCCGUCUUUUUUUAUCAUACAACAAUAUUAUUAUAACCACUAUAUUAGAUUGAUAGACGACGUAUGACGACCACUAUCGAUGCGGGUAGGCGACGAUUGUAAUCUUAGGUAUAUUCAAAAUAUUAUCACAAUAUAAAUGUAUAGUGUAUCGUUGUCCACCAUAUAAUGUUUAUAAUUACAAGGGAUCGGAAGCGUUGAAUUUAGACACGGUUCAUUUCUAACGUACCGAUUGGUCUAGCGAAGCGAUAAGAAUUCUGAAAACAUAUUUGAAUUUGUCGUUAAGCCUACUUAAAAUCGACCAUCCCACAAUUUUAAUUUUAAUUUUUUUAAUUACUCCUUUCUAUUGUGGUUUUUUAGGAUUUUGCCCCCUAAAUAAAAUCAUGUAAAAUAAAGACAGAAAAUUACUUCUUCCAAUCCUCUUAAUAUAACUUAAAAUUGAAAAUGAAUAAACGAGAUAAUAAUAAUAUACUAUCAAAAUAUUUGUCUCAACUUCAAAAUAUUGGUUAAGGUGAACGUCUGUCAAGGUAAUUGUCUUAAUUUAAAUAUUUUUAAAAGAAGAAUGUCAAUAAUAAAUUUAGUUUGACUAAAAUUACGAUAUACAUGUUUGGAUCCCCUCCCCCCCCCCCGAAACAAAUAUCUCGAUAUGGUUUUGCACAUCACAUUUAUAUUAAUCAAUAUAAAUUUGAUAAUUAUAUAAUAGAAACAUAUAAUAUUUAACAUGCACAUAAUAUAAAAAAUAGUCACCAGUGUGCUUUUAAUUUUUAAAAAAAUAUAUAAAGUAACUUCUAAACUAGUUUUAGUUUUCUACCUAAAAAAAAUUAUUUCAUAAAUAUAAUUGUUAUAGGUAAAAACAAACCGGAAUAAAAUUAGUGGCAAUAGUUUUUAACUAUUAAUAGUUAAUAAACCAUAAUAAUGUACGUAGAUUUCGUUAGAUGAUUGUAGGAGGCGCCUGUUGAAACCUUUUUUCUUUAAUUAUUUAUCUAUACAUCGGUAAUUCUAACUUUGUUGAUUUUAAUUGUAACAUUUUAAUUUAUCUACCGUCGUAAUAAAUUUAUUUAUAUUUUUUAUUUUGAAUAGUCUUAUUCAAAUUUUUUAUCUUACAAUCAUUGAAUUGUAUUUAUUUAUUUAUUUUCCAGUGACAUUUCAUAAUACUAUGUUAAACCAAAUACUAUGCAGUUUCUGCCGGGGCAUAGUUCUAUAGAAUUUCUUGGUAAUCACAAACUAUAAAAAUAUAUUUAAUUCAUAAUUAAACUCUUUGAGCAUGUACCUAUAUUUUAUUUUUUAUUUUGUUUUUAAUAAUAAUGCCUAGGUAAUUAUUGUAAUUAUUUUUUUGUAGAGUUGAAAAAUGGUAGUCACUAUGUCUGAUAUAUAAUGCACUCAUAAUAAAAAUGUUAAAACGAAUAUUUUUUUUUGUAGAUACAGAUAAAGUGGUAAAAUAUGUUAUUGUAUUCUAUUUGUAUUAAUGAGAAUUUUUGUGUAAAGCAAAUAUAGACAUGUGCAUGGCAAGAAGCUAAGUAGAAAUAAUAAUUUGCAUACAUAGGCUCAACUAAGCGGGGGGGGGGGGCUACGGGGCUUAUCUCCCCCCAGUUAGUUUUAAUAAUGGUUCGUCUUUUUUUAAUUGAACUAUUUUUAUUCAAAUCACUUUUCAUAAGAGCCUCACCCGCCCUUGUUCGUAUUAUUCAUUGUGACUCGCAUUGUCACGUGUGAUUUUUGGAGCUACCUUAUUAUUCGAGUAUUUAUCUACCUACCAGGAAAUAGUGUUCAUGUUGUGUUGUACUUGUAGGUGCCUACUUAAAUAUAUCGUGUAGAAAAAAUGUAAUAAUCAGUUGAUUAUAUACCAGUUGAUUGAGAUAUUAUAAAAUGCUAAAAUCAUAUGUAGCUAUUCGAGUGUGUAUAAUCUUCAUACUUAUACUAUUGUAUCAGCGAGUAUUCCAACAUUAAUUUAUUAUUAAUAAUUAAUAUUAUAAAGUAGGUACUAUUAAGUACUUAUUGUUUUGAUUUUUUGUUAGCUGUAGGUAGUUAAGUAUUAUUAUAUUAUAAUAUGACGUAUCAGUUUAAUAUGUCUUAGUCGUUUUACCUCGUACCUACCAAGUACCAAUUAUACAUAUAUAUUAUUUUGCAACGAACACCGAACCGUUAACAGAGGGGAGGAAACAAUUUUAAAUUGUUAAUAAAAUGUAUAUUAUAUUAUACAGGCAUUACCGAUGGUGACCAUCAUGCUGGGACGAGCUAACGAUACCGACACAUGUCGCGUAGUUACUGCGUGUAACGAUUUCCAGGAAAUCGAGAACUCGAAUAAAACCGAAUUUAAAAUUCCUACCGUCAAACCACUGUACGUGGGCACACCUAAAUGGGCCAACUACGUCAAAGGAGUGAUCGCAUGCUUCCAAAGUGCGUACCCAUAGGCACGUACUGUUUAUUUGAAUAAGUAUAAUACGUUGUUUAAUUAGUUUGGUCAUUUACAAACAAUGAUAGUCGAUGCUUUAUAAAUUAGUGACCAUUAACCGAUGACCGGUACGUAUAUAAUGUAUUAUAAAUAGUAUAGGUACACCAUUACUAAAUUAUUUUCGCUUCAUUUCUCUAAAAAUCGAUGUAUGUACACAAUAUUAUACUGAUUACCAUGAUUAGGUAUAUUAUAUUACCCAUAAGAUAUUAUUAUAAUUGAUAUAUUAUGUGUUUGAAAUGCUGAAAAAAACAGUUAUGGAUGUAUUAUGAAUAAUAAACUAUAUAAUAAUUCUUUCUAUUGCAUUAUAUAUUCAUGCGACAUAAUAUAUAUCGAUAUAAUAACACUGAAUUUUCGUUUUCAUCUCCCACAGGUAUAGUGGUAGGUUUCGAUGCCGUAAUUUUAUCGAGUGUACCCUUGGGCGGCGGACUGUCUAGCAGCGCUUCCCUAGAAGUAGCCACUUAUUCGUUCAUCGAAGCCAUUACCGGAAACAUAACCAUCCAGUAAUACAAAUAUAUAGUGACCAUUUGCGUCAUUUGCGAUUUGGAGGAUGUACGUCUUAAAACCGUAAUUCAUACUUUUUAGAUUAGUACACAAAGCCAUGGUAUGCCAAAAAGCCGAACACAUAUUCGCCGGAGUACCUUGCGGAAUAAUGGACCAAUUUAUUUCUGUAAUGGGAAUAGAAGGCCAUGCUUUACUCAUAGACUGCAAGUGAGUACCUAUUUUUGAGAUAUCAAUACAAUAAAAUAUCUUAUAAUUUUAAUUAGAAUAAAUACUUAUAUUACGUUUAUUUUUAGUGAAAUACCCCAUUCAAUAAAACAAAAUUUAAAUAAUGUCCCUACAAAUAUGUACAAAUUGUUUUUUUUUUUUUUUAUAGCUAGUAUAUUAUAUACAUAUACAACCAUUUUAAUACUAAACUGGUAGUUUUAUCAUAUCUGUAUAAGACGAUUAGAACAUUCGUUUUGACUAUUUAAUUAUUAAGUAAUAUACUUUAUCUAAAUUUGCAUAGAUCGUUAAACUACGAUCCCGUUCCACUGACUGAGUCUAAUUACGUGUUUUUGAUAACCAAUUCAAACGUCAAUCAUGAGCUAUCUAGUAGUCAAUACCAACUGAGGCGAUAUCAGUGCGAAGAAGCCAGUGACUUAUUGAACGUCCCAAGUCUUAGAUCGGCAACGAUGGACAACUUAAGCAGUAAAGUCAUACAUAUUUUAAUACAAUUUCUAGAGUAAUAAUUUGUGUUAAUAAUUUGAUAAAAUAGAAGUACAUUCAAAUGGUGAAAUUAAUGAAAUAACAUAUAAACGAGCUAGACAUGUAAUAACAGAAAUUGAGCGGACUAAAACUGCAGCCGAUGUAUUAAAACGAGGAGAUUACAAAACGUUUGGUCAACUUAUGAACGAUAGCCAUAAUUCUCUAAGGUAAUUUAAUAUUAAAUUGUUUUAUUUGUCUUAAUUUUUAAAACUUCCAAUAUUGUUUGUUAAACGAUUUACCGGAUGCAAAUUAUACUAUAAUGAGGAUACAAAUCAAAAAGUUAAAUCAGAUUGAUACAGUGACAGCCGCAUGGUCUCAUCAAUCGUACACAUGGCACCCCAACCAUGCAAAACUUACAACUUAAUAAAACAAAAAUUAAUUAGAAAAACAAAUUCAAAAUGAAUUAUGAAAUAAUAUAAAUAAAUCAUCAUAUUUACUAAAUUUCAUCUAUUUACAAUUUACAUAUUAAAAAAAAUAAUGCCGAUAAACCUAUUUAAUUUCCAAAUUAUGAAACCUAUAUUUACAGUACCUAGUGUAAUUGAAAAAUAAAAAAGAGGCAACAUCUUAGGACUUAAAUAAACUAGCAUCAUUUGUGAAGAUUGAACUCAACCUAAUCUAUUACUUUCCACUCACUGCUCCCUUACACCACUUUUGAAAAAUAAUUCAAUAUAAUUAGUAAUUAAAAAAUAAUAAUAAUUAAUAAUACUCCUGGUCCUAGUUUUUUUAUUUUGUAUACAUAUAAAAUAUAUUUUAUUUUCCACUAGCUGUUCCACGUAGGUUUUUACCUGCUUUAGCUUGCAUCGUUAGAAAAAAUCUAAUAUUAAACUUACAGUAUGUACAGUUACGUAUAGUAUUUUUGUGUUGGGAGAGGGUAAUGAAGCAACAAAACAAUCUCACAUAUGCAAUCUAGAUUAUAAUGCAAUAGAUAUAAAUUGCAUGCAAUUGAAAUUCAUAUUUCCAUGAAUUUAAGAGGAAGCCACAUACUCGUUUUUGAAUAUGAUAAAAAUGCUCACUUUGAUUGCAAAUAAUUCGAUCCAAUUUUAGGAAAAACAUACCAAUUGUAAUAAUUAAAGAAGACAACAUUUUAGAAGGCACUACGGAUGUUUUUUUCGAAAAACUUAUUUUUUUAAAAGUUAGAAGCAUUUGAAAAUGUUAAACUUUUAGAAGAUUUUGAGUAAUUCAUUAAUAAUAAAUAAUAAUGGAAAAAACAUCCAUAGUGUUCAUAAACAUCCCUCGAAAAUAGUAUCAAAUGUUCAUAAUAGGUACUUUGGCUAUAAAAUUAAUGUGGAAUAAAUUUUUGUUCAAAAUGAACGUGGUUUUUUGUGCAAAUUAAUACAAUUUUGUUUCGUUGUCUGCUGCUCCAAGCGGCACCAAUGUUGUGGUCCACAGUGGUGGCUUGACUCCAUUACAACGCGACACGCAGCUAUUAGGAUUUGUGACUAGCUUAUCGACAUGAGUUAUUGUGCGUGCGGGUACCAUAGACAUAUUAAUAAAUGGACUGCGCUUAGAGAAGGAAACGUGGAACCUAUAUUAAGUGAAAGAGAUAGUGCUAUUUAGGGGCAGUUAUGGAAAGAGUGAUUGAAUAUUUUAAUUUACAGUAUGAACGUAUUAUUACCUAUUUAUCAAUUUAUUACGUAAAUUUAAUCCAUCAGUGGAAGUAAUAACAAUCAUUUUCAUGGCGAAAUAAAGAUUUAAAACGAUUUCAUCCAUGGUCACCCCCGUACUAUUGUUAUCCUCACUCAAUAUUGUUCACGAACAUCAAAGAUGGGAAGUGAAGAAAGCACAGUAUAUUUAUUAAUAUGUCUAUGGCGGGCACUAAGUUAUUGUAUUUAGACUGUCAAACCAGAUCAUCCGUGAUGUUGAUAAAAAUAGUAGGACGCCGCGCCUCGUAGUCGACAAUAAAAUUAUGAUUUUACAGGCAAAUUGCGGAUGAAAUAUUAUCUAGUCUAGAACUCUAGAGUUAAUAAAUUAUUAAAAAUCGAAUACGCCAGCAAUCACGUAAAAAAACCGCGUGAAUGAUCUCAGGUAAAAAAAAAAUAAUUUCAAAAAACCAAAUUAACACAACAAAUUCAAUUUAACGCGUUUCCCCGUUUCUACCCGCGUCCCUAUCACGGUAUUCUACUAAAAUCUUCGAAGAAAAAUGUUCCAAGGAUAAAAUGUCAAAGAUAAAUGUUCGGAAGAAAUAAGAUACGAAGUAAAUAUAUCCGGAGAUUAACCAAAAAAAUGCACAUCAUAGUUAAACUAUAGAAUAUAUUAAAACCAACACGUUAUAAUGUAGAGUCCAACACGUUAUAAUGUAGAGUCCAACACAAAUUGAGGAAAUAAAAUACAGAAAAACCUCUUCAUAACGGAAUCGCUCGGUACCAAAUGAUUUUUCCAUUAUAAAGGAGUUUCCGUUAUAGGGAGAUUAAAAUAUACGGGAUAAAGGUUAUACUGCAGAACUGUUCAUAUUUUCCUCCGAAUAUUUUCCUAAUAUUUUCGGACAUUAUUUUCUAGAUCCCAUAUCACAAUUAACUGUUGUCCCUAUUAAUUUAUCUCCUAAAAAGGUUUUGAUUUUUUUGAGCGAAGCUAGGUAUUUUUGUUUCUGUAAACUACUUGUCUACUGAUUGUCUUGUUCCAAUCAAAAUUGUGUAGUAAAUUUCUUAUGGAAUUUUUGAUUAGUUGAUGCAUUAAGAAAGUCUUUUUUUUAAUUUUCUUAUAGUUUUUAUAAUAAACAGGAAAAUUGUCAUUUGUUUGGUAUAAUUUUUGUUGACUUCUGGGUUACCUUGAUAUCAAGGAAAAAAUACUACAAAUAAUGUUCUGUUCAGAAUCGUUUUUCGUUAGCAACGGCUUAAUGUUGCAUACAGUUAUAAAUUGAAUCACUCUAUGUAUUCUUCCUUCCAACUUCGAAUAGAUUUUUUGGAAUUAAACGUAUUCGUAUUCACAAACGGAAUUCGACUGUGCCCUUCAAAUGUGGAAUUCGCUAGCUAUUGAUACACGUACAACAGCCAUAACGUAAUACUAUUUUUCUUAAUAUCAUAUCACCGUAAAAAUCAUUUAUUUCACCAUUUGUAUUUAGUACGGGUACCUAUAGCCUAUAGGUAUUUAUAUAGUAUAGCAAUAUUAAUAUUAAUACAUAUAGUCUAUAUAUUACCUAUAUUACAGCUGAUAUUUAACUAAAAAAUGUUAUAAGCGUGUCGUUAAACUGUAAUUUUAUUAUUUAUUAAAAUAGGUAUCAAUAUCAACUAUUCGUUACAUACAAUAUAAUAUACACUAAAAUAUUGGUUCCGCCUUUUUAUACAGAUUUGUUUUUUUUUAUUAUUAUUAUUAUUGUUAAGGUUUUUAUAGUUUGUUACAUAUCGACACGCAAUGCAAGGUCAUGAAAAAAAAAAAAAAACAACACCCACAAUUAUUUAUUUAUUAUGUUUCGUAAAAACAAUUUUUUUUCCCUCAAUUUUAGGAUCUCGCUCUAGUAUUGGAACAAAUUAAUGUUUUUAUCUGCCGUAUUUGUUUAACUAUUGUAUAUUAUAUAUUAUCAUAAUUUGAACAAAAUAAAAAUUUGAUGAAAAAGAAUAUUGUAAACUAGUAAUUCGUUGUAAAUCGUAUUAUUUGAUUACAUUAUUUUUCUUUUCUAAACGAUAAUGUCUAUAAUUUUAUAAUAAAUUAUUGUUGUAUGAUAAUUUUAAUACUUAAAUCACAAGUAUAUUGUAUGAGUUCAGUUGUUCAGUACCUACUGAUAGUGAUGCAUUUUAAAACCAUAUCAGCAAAAUUUACAUACAGAGAGUUUUCAAAAGCAAUCAUUACAAUUUAAUAAUAUUGUGUACUAUUAGUACGUACCUAUUAUACAAUUCCCCACUCGUAUAUUUUAACGAAUUUUAAAAAAUAAAAAAAAAAAAUAAUAUUUGUUCUGACCUAGUUUAAAUUGUAUGAUUUACAGUUAUCCAAUAGCACCUAUACUAAUAAGUGUAUAGUAUUUUUUUUUCAAACUAAUAAAACAAAGAAAUAAUUUUUAAAUAUAAAUCAUUUGAGAUUUCCAGUAUAAUAGUGAGAAAUGUAAUGCAUUUAAUAUAAUAUAAUGAUGCGUGCUUUUUAGAUUUUUUUCUUUUCAGCUAGUGAACAACUUACAAAUCUUUCCCAAUCAUCAACUUCAAAGGUGAUUGUUUCUUUUAACAAAUUUUGUCUAAAUGGAGUUUCGAGGAGGUCAUUUUUUGAUAUUCCUUGUAGUUUUCUUAAUAAUUAGGAAAAACCGGGAAAAAAUGUUAAAAAACGAGAAUACUAUAUAUACAAGUACUUUGACAUGAUAACGGUUUCUAUUAUUUUAGAUUUUGGAUUCCCAAAAAUUCUCGAAAAUUUUAUACAAAAUUGAUUAUAAAUUGUUCUUAUAUAUAUAUGGUACUAUACGAAUACAGAUUUCAAAAAUCUGUAUACAGACAAGUCACUAAUUUUUUUUAGCGUUUAAAUUUUGAAAGUUUAAUUUUUAAUCAGAAUCGUAAAAAACAGGGUAUUUUGGGUGAUGUUUUACGAUUUAUGUGUGGGUAAAACUUUUUGAGUCUAAAAUAUGCACACAAAUUUGAGAUGAAAAAAUAAGGACAAGAAUAUUGUCUAAUAUAAUAAUAUCUGCAAAUGUAUUUUGUAGUUACAAAUUAAUACAAUUUUCAAUUUAAGUUUAUCAAAACAUAUCUAAACCAAACUUUGUUUUUCAUUAGCAAUUAUUUAUCAUUGUGUACAGAUAUAAAUUAAAUUAAAUUAUCCGAUGUAUCCCAAUUCCUCACUUACUAUCACAAUGGCACACCCGUGGUGCGAAGUAAGUUUUUUUUAAAAAAUCGAACUAUAAAACGUUUUAAGAGGGACUGAAUAAAAUCUGAAAAUUAUUUUUUUAAACUCAGAGUGCAGCAAGGAGGAAUGUAUUAGUUUUACUAUGGUGUGUUUUUUUUUAUAUCUGUAAACAACUUUUUUACCGGGGAUUUUGUUCCAUUUGAAAACUUUAUAGAAACUUGUUUUUAGUCUUUUUAAUCUGAUUAAUGUAUUGAGGGUUGUAAAAUUAGUUAUAUUAAACACCUAUAAUAGUAUUAUCAAUAAUAGUUAACUAUUUGUUAAUAAAUACUGCAGGUAUUAGGUUUUAAUUUUAGUUAUCUAAAAAAAAAUAUGCUAAUACAUUAUUACAAUGCGUGUAAUAAAAAUAUAAUAAUAUUAAAGUAAGCUACAAAAACUAUAGGUACUUCGCACUGUAUGUUAGAUACACUGCAGUUUACAUAUCAACACUAAUGUAUAUCGAGUACUUAUAAAACAAACAAAAUUACGAAUCAGUUUGGUAUAUGCAAUUAUUAUGGCAUAAUAAAAUAAUAUUUUGUUAUCGUUUUUUAGUUUUUUAUAUGGCUAUAAAAACCUAUACUUUCACGGAUAUGUAUUAUGCAUAUCAUAAAUUAUUUAAUAAUAAAAAUAAAUUCGUGAUGUAUAAUAUGUUUUUAUGUUUAUAGAGACGAUUUCGAAGUGUCUUGUCCGGAGUUGGAUCAGUUAGUAGAGUUAGCCAGACGAGUGCCAGGUGUCCUUGGGUCUCGUAUGACUGGUGGAGGUUUCGGUGGAUGCACAGUCACACUGGUAAGGAUGGAUAGUCAUUAUGUAAUACAAAUUAUAUGAUCACGCUGUAUCUAAUAAUAAUAAUAAUUAUAAUGAUAAUGAUAAUAUUAUUCCUAUUAUAUAUAUUUUCAGGUAGACAAGACUGCCAUUAACUCGGUUGUUAAUGUCAUUAAUUCAGAAUACAAAGGAAACCCUAAGUUUUAUACGGUUCUACCAUCGUGCGGAGCGAAAAUUGUUAAACUAUAGUCCAAUAUGGUCUCAAUAAUAACCGUUUAAAGUUAUAUUAUUUGUUAUGCAAUUGCCUAUUGAAUAUUAUUGCUCAUGUAUUUAAUUGUGUACAUAUUUUAUGAUGAAUAUUGUUUUAUCUUUUAGACGUGUUUUUUUUUACGAGAUAC